AUGGCGGCGAUAUCUCUUCCUCCCGGUUUCCAGUUUGAGGCGGUCCAAUUCUCAGGGUCAACGCCGGCGCCCAGUGAACCAGUGCAGCUGGGUGUGCUGGCGAACUUCAAUGGAAGCUUUACGGGGUCAGGCUUCAACACAAUUUUUCGCCCUAAUAGCGGACCUCCAAACACGACAACAUUUCCCAGCGACAACAUCCUGGAGCUUAAUCUCAUAAAAGACUCAAUAACGUUCUCCGGAGAUCUUGGCGCCGUGCCUAACCGCGGGCUUGCGUCGCAGAACGAUAUCUAUCUCAAUGGCAUAUCUUAUGUACAGGCUGUCAACGAUGUGACAAAUGAGACAAGCGGAAAGGCAGAUGGUUCUCCUACGGGCAUUCACUUCGAGGCUGGGCUGUGGAUGAAUGUUCCGUCAACGAACAAUACUCCAGUGCUCGGCGAAUCGCUCGUGCGUAUGGCGUCUAUUCCACAUGGCACAACUAUCAAUGCUCAAUGCCUAGCGCCUACCUCGAAUUUCUCAGGUCCUCCCGUGAUUCCGCCAGCCAACUUACAGCCAUUCCCUCGGGGCAGCCAUACACGAUUGGCGCUUGACAGCCUAAAUGCCUCAAUGAUUUCCACACUUCGACUGCCACAGGAUCUCUCAAAAUUCAUUGCUGCUGGCACCAUCACUCAGGAGAUGCUCAAUGAUCCAAACUCUGUUCUCCGCAAUGCCAUUGAAGGACAGAAUAUUAUACAGACCACCACCUUUACGGUGGCUACGGCACCUUUGCCUCCGGUGUUCGGGGGUGGAACAGCGAACAUCGCAUUCUUGGAAGGCAACCCCGCCGUUACGACUCCAAAUGCCAAUUCAAUCGAAAUGAAUGCUACUUUCUGGAUCGAGACGGUGCAAUAUAAGCUCAAAGUUCCAAUCUUCAAGCGUGGACAAGGCCCUAUGAAACUCACCCCGGCCUCACGAGGACAUCAUCCCGGGCCGGUGUUCCUCGUCAACCCCCCCGCAUGA